AGAGGCAGCUCUUUCGUGUCAUUGUUUCGUUCUAAUCAUUUUUCUUUUCCUUUGGUUUAUUAAGUUGUUUUCUUAGUUUAACAGUACUUUAAUUUCAAUUUUCAAUGCACACUGCAUGUUUCGUGAUAGUUAGUGGCUCGUUUUCACCAUUGAUAAUGAUGUAAAAUCGAAAAUAAAUUGAGUAGUCGUCCGUGGGAGAGUUUGACGAAAGAAUUCGGGGCACCCAUCACAAUUUACAAGAAGAGUCAUUGAGCUGAUAGCCAUUGGAAGGAAAGAAACAACAUGAUUAUUCUUCGUGCCACUGUUAAAUGGCGUUAGUGUUGGUGGAACGUUUCAUAUUUACUGGUUAUAAAUGACGUUUGGGAUUGGAUUCUUAUUGUUGGUAUCGAAAACUAUGAAGAUGGUGAUGUGUAAAUAAUAUGAGUGAUCAAACAGCAAAGAUGAAUAAUUAGUGUUUUUUGCCCAAAGUUUCACCUUAUUUUGCCAUGUUUACAUAUUAAUGUUUCCUUAUUGAUCAAAAUUGAAACCUCUUUCAUUGCCACAAGUGUUAAAGAAAUAACGAAAGAGAAGGCAACAUUGUUUUAAAAAUAAUGUGUAACUGUAAAUGGGAACACGAUUUAAUAUCCCCAGUGAAUGGUAAACAUGCACAGAUUUGAACGUUGAAAUGUUUUAAUUACAGGCAGUGGCCUCUGUCUUGUGUAUGUUUGUUGCAAAACACUGAUUAUAACACUGUGAAUGAAGCAGCUAUAGUACGAUUAGAAACUCUGUGAGUGCAAGGAAUGUUAUAGCGGAUGUUUGAUAUAUAGAAUAGUGCAUCAGCGUGCUACAGAUGGAAAUAGUUUUCUAUAUCAGUGUUGAAAAUAAUAACACCCUUGGCAUCAUCUAGGAGUGAUAAUGUAGAAGAAACUAAGUUGUGAUACUCCGAGCUCAUCUCUAUCGUAGCAUUUAUUACGGAGCACUACCAAUAACAAUGAUUAAAAGUAGCAAUAGUGGUUGUAGCGCCAGCAAGUGAUUGUAUUGAUUGUUCCGGUGCAGCUCAAAAAUUGAAAAAAAAACUAAGCUAUGGGAGAUGCUAGAGUGAAACAAUCUUAUUUCGGCACUCAGCCCCAACAAAAACAAACCCGAGAAACCAGUAUCGAAUCUACUGCAACAACAUCAACUACUCAAGAUCCUCAAAAGGCAAGCCAUUCAGGGCUUAAGGAAAGUUUAAAAGAUGAGGGCAAAUGCUUUAACAAAUAUGAACAGCUCAAGAUUCGCAAGGCCGAGUUGGAAAAGAAACUCAAUGAAAAAUAUGCACAGUUACAGCAAGUCAAACGGGAAGAGGCUCAACUUAUUGGAAUGUAUCCGAGUGAUUUUAGUGCGGGCGUGGGUUGUCAGGAUCAAAAUGGAGCAGCGCCCACCCUGAGGCGAAAAAUUGGUACAAGUUUCAAACUUCCAGAAAAUCUGUUAAACAACAAAGAAGAUGAUAUAAAUAAGCUGCUUCUAGAAAAACAGAUACAACAACAAAUAUCGGAAGCAUCCCUUAGGUUAGCAAAUGAUACAUCCCAAUCAAAAUCGGUUCGAAGAACACAUAAACAGAGUUACGAAUAUGCCCAGCAAAAACUGUUAGCUAUAAAUCAAAAUUUAAGCGUAUUGAAAAAACGCCAACAAGCUUCAGAACAGCAAAAAUUACUUCCUGCUACACGGGAUGAUAUUGAUCUGCACAAAAGCAGCAAUACAAACCGAUUUCGCUCAAACAGUAAUAGCAGCAGCAUGAUGAUGAAUGCUUCAGAACGACGGAACUCUGUUAAAUCUAAUACGUCGUCAAAUCACUCUACUAGCGUGAAUAGCUCUGUUGGAUCUGCAUCAAAACAGUUACUGGUGCAAAUUCCUGGACAACAAUCCGCUCUGUAUCACACUCAGCAGAUUUCGCCGUAUUCAAUACACUCAGGAAUGCUUUGCGUGAUGCCUUCGGGUUCACAAAGUAUGACUCCAGCUGCGUCUGCUGUUAUGGUGUCCCAGUUGAGCAUGCUUCGACAUCGAGCACGUCAUGAUAGUUUCAGUGGUAUUGUUAAUUAUGAUUUUACCGGAGCAGCUACUGCCGAAAAUUCUAAAAUGUCACCUGUAGGCAAUGGGCGUCACCAUCAUACUCACAUUCAUCAACACUUUCAACAACUACAAUCACAAUCACCUCAAAGUGGAACUAAUCGCUUGAAUAAAGUGAUGCAUCAGCAACUCCAUCACUAUAAUUCAUCUCCACCGGUGCAUCAUGGGAACAGUGGAAGUUCUGGGUAUCUACUAUCAUCUCCAGGCAGUGCAUCGUCUUCUACUGCACCAGAUCAAGCGUUCGUGUAUGAUGCGAAAGUGACAUCUAGAUUACAACCUCCACAUCCGCCACCACAUGCUUCAACUUCAUCGAAAAAUUUACCAUACAGUGCUAUGAGCAAUCAAGAAACAAAUCAAGAAACAACAAUUGGACUUGGUGGCUAUUGGAUGAUGUUGGAUACAGGCGAGAAAGUUUGGUGUGCUGUUGACAACCGCUUUGCAAGUUUGGAUCGUAAGCAAAGUGGUGGUAGCAUGAAGUUAUCGCGUUCUAGACUGAGCCAUUAUUCGCAUGCUGCUCCUAUUAAAAGUAAUUCAAUGGGAAAUUUCGAUUUUAUCAAUAAGCAGCAACAACAAAUGGAGGAUUCUUUUCAACCAGAUACAAUUUCAGUAACUUCUGGAUCCAGUGAACACAAGAGACGAGAAAAAGUUUGGCGGGAAACGUCGUUAGACAGUCCAGUUAUAAAACAUAAGGCGUUACCAUCACCAUCUUCAACACCGAUGGUAAAUACUCCCACGCUUCCCGCAUACCCUUCGCCACCCCCACCGCCUCCACCACCAAUUUCUCAAGCUUCUACAUCGAUCCAAACUCCUCUGCAUAUAAACGUCGAAGGUAGUUAUUCUAUGUGUUCAUCAUCACCACUGUUGCUCUCACCGCAGCAAAUGCGGUAUUAUCAACAAAAACAACAGCAAAUUCUAGAGCAGCAACGUCAGCAACGACUCAGAAUAAAGCAACUCGAAGAGCAAAAACAACAAGCCUAUCUCCGUGAACAGCAGCAGCAACAACAGCAGCAGCAGUAUUUGCGGCAAAAACUUAUCCGCUCACCCCCACAACCCCCAAAACAUCAGCACAACUAUUCACAACCAACCCAGCAGCAGCAUUUAGAUUUACUGCCCCAGACUUCACAUUUCCACGAUCAACAGAACCACAAUAUUGCUCAGCAUUAUCAUCAGGCGCAUACUAUGCAAAACAGUCUUUCUCCUCGCCAUCCAGAUUUACUAACCUCGCCAACACUAUCGGUGUCAUCAUCGAAUACUUUGACGUCUCCCACACAGCAACGACAACAAUGCUCUGUAUCCCCCACACCAUCAACUCUAACGAAUACUUCUUCGGGUGUAACGUAUGGUAUACCCACCGGAUCAGCAAUUACCAUCCACUCAUCGCCGGACAUCCAAACUGAAUCACCGAAAAAUGUGACUGUGGUCCAGCAAGGAAAAAUUCAACCUUACAAGGAGGUCACCAAACCAUUCGAAAUGUCUGAUUUUUACAAAUACUCAACAAAGUAUCGACAAAAACAACAACAAUUUCAACAGCAUCAGGAUCAAAUUAGUCCUAAUGGAAACAGUUGCUCAGCAAGUGGUGUUGGCAGUGAAAUGAUUCAAAAAACGAUUUACCAACCACCGAAUCCAUCGAUAUGUCACCCAAUUAACUACAACUGAGUCUUUGUAUUUAUGUAAAUUUAUAUAUAAAUCAUGUUAGAUGCAAUGUUCGAGGGUUAGAUUAAUUGUGCCUGAUUCCUUAGUUUGACAGUAAAACUAGCAUAUAACGCGAAGCUAAAUAAGGAUUCAUUAGAAACGCAGUGAUUAAAACUCAAAUGUUUAUAUAUAACGAUUGUUAUUCACAUUUUCCAUUUGCUUCGACGCUCAACAUUUACUAAUCGACAAAAAACAAGUAAAAUCUUUUUGAGUAUCAUUCCGGCCAAACUGUAUAUUAAAUUCGAAACUGUACAACAGCUCAAUAAUCAGUAAUAGCAAUGCCUUAUCAAAACAAUUCUGAGUAAUGGAAUUGUUAUUUUUCUAGGGAAAGAGACGUACAAUGGUCUAAUUGUUGUGCGCAAAAAGCUUCAAGGAAAACAAUACGAAUGGUAAAACACUUGUUUUACAUAGGUUGUUGGUGGUACUUUACAGUAUUAAAUUCCAGAAUAUGCUUCAGUUGCAUUUCAAUAUUUUGGUGGGGAUUGUUUCAUUGACUCCAACAAAAUAGACCUCUUUCGUCUCUCGUUUUGUUACGUUUUCGUAGCUAGCCAAUAUUCAUGGCUGUUUUUUUUCAAGUUGUGUAAAUCGAAAUACAAGUACAUAAUUAUCAUCAGAUAGAUCGUUUUAAACCAGUGUACAGAAGAAAUAGCCAAAACAAAAAUAGCAAUAGAUAAAAUCUUGUAACUAUAGGCGGUGAUCAACUUUUAAUCAUCAUGACAAUAAUGCUUUAUUCUAGCAAGUAAAUCAAAUAAAUUGAAGUAAACAUCAAAGGAUUGAUAUACCUGCAUAGAAAUACAAUAAUUUACGAUUACUUUUUUGAAAUAGCAUCCCGAUUAUCCUCGAUGUACGAUCCAAUCGAUAUUUUAGUUAAAUUAUAGCUUGUUUAACUUUUAUACAUAUAUCUAAAAAAAGAAGCCGUUAUUUAGGCUAAUAGCACAGAAUAACAGACACAGCACUUUGACUAAAUUUUCACUUAAAUCACGUUCUGAUGACUUAGCUUACGUAGCUCACACUAGCACCAUCUACUGCCGUGUUCGCGAUGCGUCUUGUAUUACAAGAGUAGCGCUCGUUCACGUGCGUCUGUUGAAUUGUGAACUACAAAAAUAUGUGAGAUUACAUGACAGCGCUUCAUGUAGUGUUGUCGCGCGACGACUUUUAUUUGACUGGAAAUUUAAAGUUAUCGUUUUUUGUUGUUAGGUUCAAGUGUUACGUCUGUUAGUCUGAGCUAACAGUUUGUAGAGUAAAGUCUGUUGAGAAAACGGUUAAGUCUGUUCAGAGACACACAAUCGAAGCUUUGCUGUAAAAAAUAUCGUGAUAUUUCAAAAGAAUACAGUUUUCGUUUAUGUGAAUAGACUCAAAUGAAUGCGAGAAGACUUACUUGAACACGCUUUGAAAAAGUUAGGUUACUCAUGCAACAACUGUGUAGGAUAGCUCUUUAGUGGAAAGUUCCAUGAAGAAAAGACUGUAAAUGUGGAAAUUGGAUCAUACGCGGAUAAGCUUCACAAAUUUAGUAACAAGAAAAACCCAUAACUAUCUGCGUGAUUACAUCAAAAUUACAUACUAGUAUGGGAUACUUGAGUCAUAGUAAUGAGAAUUCUUCGCUUAACAUAUUUGAGCACCCGUAUGUGGUGUCUGAUUGAUCAUUAUCAAUUGAAGUUAGUAGGGACGCAUCUUUUUCAUGAUUCCAAAAAAAAACAAGAAUUCUAAUCUACAAAAAUAUAUGAUCAUUUCUGAAAAAAGUCUCUUCAAACUGUGAGAUUCAACAUGCAAACAAGAGCUCCUCUUCAUGCAUUACUAUAAACUUAGAGGCUCAUAUGUGACAUAAGUGGGUCCUGAUGCUUCUAUAAUGUUUGAGGUACUAGGAACAAAAGUAUAUCAAGAAAAAAGCAGCACAAACAUGAGGAUUCUACUAUAACAAAAGUACCUUGAAACAUUGUAAAUUAUAGUUGAGAGGUUACUAUAUACUGCCAAGAACCUAUUGCACAGUUUGUUUUGUUUGUAAUGUAAACAAAAAAAUUGGUAUGCUGAGGAAGGAUAUCGUUAUAUAUACAAAUCUUGUAACAUAGAUCUUAUAUUUAAAACUUAAAUUAGUUAUCAGAGUGUAAUAUACAAUAUGAUUAUCAAUACAUAUUAAAGAUUGAUUUAUUGUGUUUUUUUGCUUAUCUGAUAAAUUGUUACUUGGUACGAAUAAUCACUGUAAAUGCAUUGAGCCUUAUUUUGUAUUGGUUAAUUUGUUGUAAGAAAUCAUCAAUUUAGGUAAUGGAUAAUGCUAAUAGAA